UAUAUAAAGGACGCUAUGUCAAGCUCGUUCAGUCUGCUUCUGCUCACCUUAGCGAAAAUGAUCAAAGCCUUGACCUUCUUGGCUGCAAUGGCCGCAGUUUCUGCCUCUCCUCACAACUUUUUAAAAAGCGUCUCAUGUGAAGGAGCUGAAAAUGUGACUUUGUGUGAGGCUGAUUUGCAAGUCUGCAAGAACCUCUUCGCAUUUGAAUAUAAUGAUCAAAUUAGGAGAGAAAUAUACAAGCAAUGCCUCGACAAGAACGGCCUAAACCAUCUUGAUGACGUGGACCCCGAGUCCCUCUUCAGUCCCACAGACUCGCAGGCUCUGUCGCUCUUUGGUUCCGAGGAGAACCACCUAGCAGUGAAGCAGUGCGUCCUGCAAGAGCAUGGAGAGUUAAAACCUGAUGGAACAGUCAACCCACAGCCAUUCUUGGACAGGCUAACUCUCGCCCUUAACAACACCCGCCCUCACAUCCUAGACCGCCUUAUUCUUGCCGCAGAGUCCUGCUCGACUGAAAGCACUGAGGAGUGGGAGGUCUGCGUUUUCUACGUGUGCUUCGAGGGGGAAUUCACACCACCUGUGCCUACAACUGUUGUUCCUGAGGAGUAAUGGUGUUAAAUAUUUCCAUACUUCAGUUAAAAUCUUCAUGCCACAACAAUGUAAAUUAAUCAGAUAAUGAUUAUUAAAGAUUUGUAAUUAUUGUUUUCUUUACGUGUUUUCUGAGAAUCUGUUCUUAAAAAUUAAAUCUAUGUACACAAUACUUUUUUCUUUUGUAAUAUUGAAUAACAUUAAAAUGAUAU